AUGCAGACCGCUGCCACAGACCCUUUCUUGUUAGAUAUCCCAGAUGUUCCGGUUGUUGCCAUGCCUCCUUCAGAAACAUCAAGUGUCACCAUGCCUGAAGUUGCUUCCAGGCGGUCAGACUCUGAACUCUCUUCCCUCGUAUUCGAAGCGCAACAGGACUUCGACGCCGAAGCCUACUUCAAGCAGCAUUUCGAAGAAGAACAGCGAAAGGAAGUCGCUAAGGACCAGGCGCAACGACAGAAAGUAGACUUCGAGCGAAAAGUUCAGCGACAGGUUUGGUUGGACGGCCUGGAUUAUGAGCAAUGGGAUAAUAUGACGAGGAACCACCUCCCAUAUCACGAAACUGGUGAGGUCAAUGUGGACGAUAUGAAGGCUGGGAAGGAGGCAGCCGGACUUCUCUAUGCUCAGGGCUUCUACUGGCCUACCGAAACUAACCGAAAUGAGGAAACCCCCUCUGCAUUGAUACCCCUGCGAGACCUCAAGCGCUUCCCGCUACCUCGGGUUGAAUGUCGGGACAGCCCACCAGAAUACACCGACUGGACUCGGGGUCAGCAAGUCCUUGUACGUCACGAUUCGCACAAGAAGAUCCAGUUCGAAGAUCCAGUAACCAGAGAGGUGCAAUUCGUGCAAACAUUUGGUUCAGCUCCCUGGAACAGCUACAAGUAUUUCAACAACGAGGAGCUGCGAUCCCUCAAAUGCGCUCACCACAUCAACUUCUUUGGCCGGGCUGUGCCUCAUCAGUCUGGCACCCGCCCAGCGACCACAAUCGCCAUUCUGAAGUCCAAACCAAAGAACCUCAAUGUCACAACUCCGGACGGUCUCUGGAAGAGCGCCGUUAUGGAAUGUGCGACACAAAUGUUGGACCCCAUCCUUUACCAUGGCACGCCCGAGGUUCUGGAUACCCUUCGAGGGACUGACCUGGAAGAUGCAUGCAUUGGCCACGCCGAGAUCAUAUAUAGCUCUCUGGGCUGGUGGGACCAAGACACUUAUCCCGACGGACAAUGCCCUGCUGACUCCGAUGCACUCGUCCCAUCCAGUUGGCCUAAAGGGUCCAUCGUCAUGAAUGGAGUUUCCGAAGGAUUCGCGUCACGGUUGGAAAUCAUGACCUCUUCCACCGAGGAGAAGAAAUCCGACGAUAUAGCUCGCAAGGCCGCUUUCCAAGGCCGCGUGGCUAGAGGACGUGUGAAAUCCCGACUCGGCGUGCGCUGCUGGACUCAUAGACAUACCACCCAAGAAAUGGUGUUUGUGGCUCGAGCGAGAACCGGCUUGCUGACUCCGUCAUUCGCGAGCAGUAAGUAUUCAACGACGGUGACUAGUUCUGCGACUGAGCAUACGCCCAAAUCGACAACUUCAAACGUGGAUAUUGCCUCAUCAAGUUGCACUCCGGUCCUUGCUACACCAACUGAACAUACGCCCCAUCCGACAACGUCAAACGUGGAUAUUGCCUCGUCCCUAAGUCGCGCUCCGGUCCUCGUUACACCGACUGAUCGACCUGCGCCUGUGUUUGUCAGACCUGCACGUCAUGUAAGUGUCGUCGUCAAAUCACGUGAAGAAUUCAAUGCGCAGAUUCAUGCCUUUGACGUCGCAAAUGGUCUUCCAUUUUCCGAGAAGUGGGAGGAUGACAAUGAGGCUAAUAUCGACGAGGCCAAUGACGAGGACGAUGACAAUGAAGAAGGAAAAGAAACAACCGAAACCAAGUCGUGGCGCCAACGUAUGAGAGAUGAAGAGCUCAAAGAUGGCCUUGGCCCCGUCUCUGAGAAAUGGGAUGAUGAAUUCGAGCCCGAACAUGCCGCAGCACCAACCACCCAACAGUCGGCUCCCGAGGAUGCCGCCUCCCAACUAGCAGACACUCAAGCAGUAGUCGCUGAAGUCACAACCUCGGAGCUCGACCGAAAACUGUGUGAACAUGAUGCUCUCACUGGAUUUCAACCUGCUUCGAAAGUCUGGGCUGACGACGUCGAUGAAGAUGAAACUCUGGCGUCGUCUUCGUCAUCAGGUGAAGUCGAAAUGCUUAUCGCAGUUGACUCCGCUAUGGUCGUCAUGUCUCAUAUGCCCAACACAAUCGCUACAGCUCUUGCCAAUUUGGAGAACCCCGUUGAGGCUGAUGUUGCCUCCAAUGUUGAGCGCGGUGUAGAAGCUGACCUCCUUGCGAAGGUACAGUCUUGUGCCAGAGGCCAGUCCGCUGCUAUUGAAGCUCAGGUUUCUGUCAAGGUGUCGCUCCCUGCAAUUGUGGUUGAAGACGUCGACUCAAAUGGACACCGUCGAGUGGUGUCAGCAUCUUCCGCUGACUCAACAACGAAUAUCAGCACCCCACAGACUUCUCCUGAGCUAGAGGCAGAGGAUGACAUCAACAUUAUAUAUGAUAAUGCUGAGAACGACGGUUGCAAUCAGCCUUCCCUUUCAAAAGUGCUCGAACCAUCCGACACUGGGUACGUUGACGACAUGGACUUGGAUGAAGAACAUGAGCUUCAACACGGCGAGCCAUUUGUCCUGACAUCCGUGCAGUUGACCGGCGACAAGGUUCGAGGUGCAUUGGAUUCCCCAGUGGCGCCUUCUGCUCCCUUUUCGCCUGCUGGUCUUGUCGCUUUUCACCGAGAUGUUGUACGUAUUCCCGGCCUUGGGCUGGUCAACGAAGAUGACGUGUCAUAUACACCCCCAGCGACCACAAGUCUGAAACUUCAGUCAUCAGCAAUGGUUGCAUGGAUGUCUGCAGAGCACCCUGACCUAAUCAUUGCACGGCAUCUUCAGGUCGUUGCGUCUGCAAUCCCGGCUAUGGUACCUAACAUGGUGUUGCCAGGAUUGCACACCUUCGGCAAUGGUGCUUCGACGUCAAUUCUUCCUCGUCAGCGGAUCGGUUUGGUGCACUCACCACUCAUGACAUUCGACCCAGAGGACUAUAUUCCCAACCGAGUCAUUGAAGAAAUCGUUGAUGACGAAGAGGAAGUUGAUGGCACCGUCGUCAACGAGAACAUCAGCUCGUUGCACGACAUCCACCUCAGUACCUUGGUCCUCUAUAAUACAGCAUUGGAGUCUACCACCGAAGACGAGUCCCAUACAUCAUCAUCUGAGGCGAGCCUGUCGACACCACCGACGUCGGCUGGGUCAUCCACAUCCGACGGGCGUAGAAGCCGCCACGUGCAUUUCGACCUUCUGGAAAGUCGUAAGUCGUCGCUGGCCACGACUGCCUCAGCAUCUUCAUCAAUGGCUACACUAUGCGAGAUCGGAGCUUGUUUCCCACCAUCGACAUUCGAUCAAUGGCCGGGUUUCGAUAACGACCGUCAUCCGGAGAUACCAGAACAUACGUCUUCAUUGACCUCUAGUCGAGAGCACGGUGUCGCGGAGACCUGCUCGUCAUCGAAAGUUUCCAGGAAGCGUGACACGUUCGCCAACGUCGAGGACGGUGCCGAAAUCCUCACUCCUCGUCCAGACCUGCCGACCUUCCGUCGAACUCGGUGUGAUUGGCAGCACGCCAGCUGGAGCUCCAUUGGUCGCAAACUGACGAAGAGUCGACCUGCAACGGUGACAACGACCAAAGUUGCUACCACUGUUCGAUCCCGCGACGGUGUCAUGACUCGCGCCAACAGCAAUGAAAGUCAAUUCUUCGAAUUCCCGGAGUCCAGGCGUGUGAGCAACGAAAAUGGUGCUUCAAGGACGGGGCAGAAGACAAAGGGUUUCUUUAAGAAGGGUACGGAGAAGGUCAAGAAACUGCUUCUCAGGGAGAACUGA